AUGCCUACCACACCAACCACCUCAUUUGAGACGGUCACCCCGGCUCGAAAGCACGUCCUACGAACUUGGUCGACGACGACGUUGAUGACGCUCUGUGACCGACCUCCAUCUCUGUUCGACACGCUCCCUAUCGAGCUCCACGCCGAGAUAUUCGCCUAUUGCUUGCCCGCCUUUCCUCAGAUUGGCAAUGGCGAGUCCCCAAUGCAUAUCGCCCAAGUCUGCCGAGCGUGGCGGGCACUGGCUCACUCCACGCCCAGGCUCUGGUCCUCGUUCGAAAUCGAGGUCGAGGAUUCGAGCUCGGAUGACCUCGCAGUGGCGGAUUCACCUCACAGCCUGCGUGCUCUCAGCACCGUCAAAGUCUGGCUAGAAAGGUCCAAGAACCAGCCACUAUCAGUUCGCCUGAUCCACAUACCCACCGGCCGCAUUCCCAAUCAACUCUCUGCCCAGAUCCUCGCCAUGUUCGUCCUACAAGCUCGCCGUUGGCGCCACAUUGAAAUCAUCGUGCCGAGCACGAGUCUCGCAGCGGUCCAGCAUAUCCUCCCCGACGAUUUCCCCAUUCUCAAGUCCUUAACCCUGCACAUGAAGGGUGUUUGGAAUUCUCCGACAUUUGACAUUCAAGCGCUGAAAGUACCAUGGAGUCAGCUCACGGAGCUUGAUCUAAGAUUGGAUCACAAACACCUACUCGAUCUCGACGAGUUGGCCGAUCUUCUCUGCAAUGCCACGAGCAUGACUGCCUGUCGAGUUAAUGCCAACUGCCGGUUAAUGCCGCUGGAGUCGACUCAGCGUGAACGAUUGGUGCUUCCAUCACUCAAGUCCCUUCACCUCAUCCUCCAGGGAGAUGGUAAUGGCCUAGCCUCAGCGCAGCAGCUACCGACAUCACACCUCCCUCCAGAAUCCUCAUUGACUUCCUUUCUCGGCCUCUUCGCGGCCUGUAGCCUAACUCGUCUCGGUCUCAACUGGCUCGUUGACGGAGAGAGGACAGAACAAUGGUCUUCAGUGCAAGCAGCGUUUAUGGCAUCUGUAAAGGAUCUAUCUCCAUCCCUCCGUUCCCUGGAAAUCACUUACCUUCCCCUCGGAGAAGGCGGACUCAUCCAAACGUUAACGCAGCUUCCUCAACUCGAGGCACUGGAUUUGCGUUUCUCACUUGCGGAUCAAGUGCACGAUCCCAUUUCCGAUAGGAUGUUGCAGGCGAUGACCUUACCUGGCUCUGGGCCCCAGACUCAAGGCGUUGGUAGUGGGUCAAAGAGCUCUACCGUAUCUCCUCGUGCAUCCGCGCCCCCGGAACCAGUUACACUCUUACCCAACCUCCGACGCCUCCAUUUGCAAUGCACAGGGGCCCGUUGUACGCAGGCGGUUCUCCUGAACUUCAUCAAAUCCCGGGGCAGCGCGUCGGCUUCUUCGAAGUCGAAGCAUGCAGCGCUUGGACGCUUCCGGUUCUAUUCCAUGCAACAAGUGAUCGACGGGGCUCGUCAGCGAACCGGGGAAUGGCUGAAGAGUGGUAUGGAUUUGGAUAUUGAUAGUGUGGUCCUGCUGUAG